AGGGCUGCAGUGCGUGAUGCUCUCAUAGACGCGCUUGCAUAUUUGCGGUCUCCAGCGGAAUCGGUGAUAUUUUUUUUAUUUAGUUCUUCAUUCAUUCGAGUUCAUGACGGAACCGGGGUUGUCUAUGAUUUGUUUGCGGAGACAGCAGAGAUUUUCCCUGGGACUGGCAUUAUGCGCUCGGUAACCGGGAGCUGAUGCUAGUAUCACCUGACAGCUGAUAUAACGGUGAAGAACCUGCGCGCAUUGAUAUUCAUUCAUCCUACGGAAGGAAUCAAGAUGUCGUUGAAAUCAAAGAAUGGCGAGACUGUGAAGGUGGUAGUUCGGUGUCGCCCGCUGAACCGUAAAGAAGAAUCGUCGGGUUAUGACGAUAUCGUGGAGAUGGAUGUGAAAUUGGGCCAGGUGGCCCUGCGGAACCCCAAGGCGGGUCCGGGAGAACUGCUCAAGUCCUUCACGUUUGACGCGGUUUAUGAUGCUUGCUCCAAACAAAGUGAUUUGUACGACGAAACCGUCCGACCGCUCAUCGACUCGGUUCUGCGCGGCUUUAACGGCACCAUCUUCGCGUAUGGACAGACGGGCACCGGGAAGACGUACACCAUGCAGGGCCAGUGGCUGGAUGCAGAGCGACGCGGCGUCAUCCCGAACUCGUUCGAGCACAUCUUCACGCACAUCUCGCGCUCUCAGAACCAGCAAUACCUCGUUCGGGCCUCAUAUCUGGAGAUCUACCAGGAGGAGAUCCGGGACCUGCUCACCAAAGACCACAGCAAGAAGCUGGAGCUGAAGGAGAGCGCAGACUCAGGGGUCUACAUCAAAGAUCUGUCCUCCUUCGUCACCAAGAACGUCAAGGAGAUCGAGCAUGUCAUGAACGUGGGGAACCAGGCCAGAUCUGUGGGCUUCACCAACAUGAACGAGCACAGCUCUAGAUCGCAUGCCAUCUUCAUCAUCACGGUGGAGUGCAGCCAGCUUGGUCCAGAUGGCCAGAACCACAUCAGAGUGGGCAAGCUCAACCUGGUGGACCUGGCCGGCAGUGAGAGGCAAACCAAAACAGGCGUCCAAGGUGAACGUCUCAAGGAGGCCACCAAGAUCAACCUAUCCUUAUCGGCUCUAGGAAACGUCAUUUCCGCCCUGGUGGAUGGACGAAGUUCUCACGUACCCUACCGUGAUUCCAAACUCACACGGUUGCUUCAGGAUUCUCUGGGAGGGAAUGCCAAAACCAUCAUGGUGGCCACGUUGGGUCCGGCCUCAUACAAUUAUGAGGAGACUCUGACCACCCUGCGCUACGCCAACCGCGCCAAGAACAUCAAAAACAAGCCACGCGUCAACGAAGACCCCAAAGACGCCCUUCUGAGAGAGUUCCAGGAGGAGAUUGCCCGGCUCAAAGGGCAGCUGGAUAAAAGGGGCAUGCUCACCAGGAGAAAGAGGAGAAGCAGAAGACUAAGGAAGAUUGGUGAAGGGGGUGAGGAAGAGGUAGAGGAGGGCGAGGAGGCGGAGGAUGAAGAUGAGGAGGAAAGCUUGGAGAAGGACGGGCAGGAGUACAUGAAGGAACAGCAGGAGAAGCUGGAGAGAGAGAAGGAGGCGAUCAAAGAUGACCAUUCUCUGGUGGCCGAGGAGAAACAGAAACUCCUGGAGGAGAAAGAGAGGAUGAUGAGGCAUCUGAAGAAGGAGCAGGAGGCCACCGACCUCCUUACGGCCAAGUUCAAGGCAAUGGAAAGCAAGCUGCUGGUUGGUGGGAAAAACAUCAUUGAUCACACUAAUGAACAACAGAAGAUGCUGGAACUGAAAAGACAUGAGAUCGCUGAACAGACACGUAGAGAGAGAGAGAUACAGCAACAGAUGUUGGUCCAGGAUGAAGAAACAGUAGAACUCAGAGAAACGUUCUCCUCUUUACAACAGGAAGUGGAGGCAAAGACCAAGAAACUUAAAAAGUUGUAUGCAAAGCUGCAGUCUCUGAAGGCUGAUAUUCAGGAUGUGAAUGAUGAACAUGUCAGAAGCCGACAGGAACUGGAACAAACUCAGAAUGAACUGACCCGAGAACUCAAAUUUAAAUAUCUGAUAAUAGAGAACUUUAUCCCUCCUGAAGAAAAGAAUAAAAUCAUGAACAGACUUCAGUUUGACACUGAGGAGGAUCAGUGGAGGUUUCAACCUCUUGUCCCGACUGAGAAUAAAUUCACGCAGAUGAAGAGAAGACCCACUUCCGCUGUGGGAUACAAGCGACCAAUCAGCCAGCAUGCCAGAGUUGCCAUAGCAAUGGGAGCACAUUCCAGAUACAGGGCUGAGAAUAUAAUGGUUCUGGAACUGGACAUGAGUCCCCCUGUCAUGUUUCAACUGGACUCCCCAAAGUCCGGGUCAGAGACGGAACUGUCUCGGGAUGUUCUGUUGGACAAUGACAACUACAGAGAGAAAUCAGCAUCAGGACGGGUCAAAAAAUCUCACUCAUGGUGCCAGUCUUCGCAAGUUAUUUCCUCCUCAAGCUCCGCCCUCUCUCUGGCAUCCUCAGGGUCCCUUAGCUUGCCACACCCCCAAAACAUUGUCAUGGCAACAGCCCAUGAAUGAAGUACUGGAAGUACCAUUACAUCGCCUCUGCAAGGGAUAAACAACAAGUCACAAAAAACAACAUAUAGGCUACUGAGGAAGAUGACUUUCAGACAAAUGGCUCCAUCACCAUUAACCAGUUACUCCUCUACAGAAGCAAUCAAACCUACAACCAAGUCUUUAGGUAAACUCCUCAAAACCUGUGAACGUGAGAGAAAAUAAGUUUUCACUCUCCAGAUCGGAGUCCCUCCAGACUUAAAACAGACCCAUUCCAGCUCAUCAAGUCCAAUCAAACAAUGAAAAAAAAUAUUCACCCUUUCUCUCUCUCUCCCUUUCUCUUGCUCUCUGCUCAACUGACACUCAGGACAAUAUUGACCUGAACAGACUUUGAUAACUGCCAUCAAAAGACUCGACAGCUCUGAAUAAUCUCACCACGCUAGAGACCUGAGCCUAUUUAAAGGUGAAGUGUGUUAUUUUUGCGACACUUGUGGCACCAAACAGAAUUGCAAAAAUAGUGAAUGUUUUCAAACAGAAAGUCCUGCCCUAAACUCAUGCCAUUGGUUGAGCCAAUGUUGCUGUGUCGGGCUGGUCGGGAUGAACAAACAAACAGAGCAAUGUUUUGAUAGCACCACAAUAUCGCAUGCUGUUUCAACAUUUAAUCAUGUGUAGGAUAUGAAUUAUAGAUUUCAUUUUAAAUGUCAAUUCUUGACAUCCAAUAGACCUCAAAUUUUAUAUCAGGGUUCAACAGCAGGGACUGGUCAGGGUUGAAGGAAAGCUGAAUGCAGAAAAAUACAGAGUUAUCCUUAAUUAAAUUCUGGUGCAGAGUGCUCAGGACCUCAGAUUGGGCCGAGGAUUCGCCUUUCAGCAGGACAAUGACCCUACGCACACAGCCAAUACAAUGCAAGAGUGGCUUAGGGACAUCUCUGUGAAUGUCCUUGAGUGGCCCAGCCAAAGCUAGGACAUCAACCGAAUCGAACAUCCCUGGAGAGACCUGAAAUUGACUGUCCACGGACGGUCCCCAUCCAACCUGACAGUGCUUGAGAGAAUCUGCAGAGAAGAAUGGCAGAAAAUCCCCAAAUCCAGGAGCGCAAAGCUCGUCGCAUCAUACCCAAAAAGUAAUUAUCGCUAAUAAAAUAAUAAUAAAAAGGCUGUAAUCUUUGCCAAAGGUCUGAAUACUUAUGUCAGUGUGAUAUUUUCUUUUUAAUUCCUGAAAUCAAGAAUCAGCAUAUUAACUUGUGAAAAGUGUUUACACUUUUGGGGGAAUCAACUUGCAGUACGAAUGGCUUACUUAUAGUUAAGCUAUAAAAUUGGGUGGGAUACAAGGAAGUAUUUUAGCACUGAAGAAAUUGCACACUUCACCUUUAAGCAGUUACGUUACUUAGAUUCAUUUUGCUGCUUCCAAAACUGUUAGUCAACCUCAAUGUUUACGUACCGACCAGCACAGAUCUGAUCCAGGUUUAAAGGCACACCUAUGGCAAACACACACCUCAGAUGAUGGAUGCCAAACGGAUGGGGCUUUGUGAUUGGUCACGUUGAGCUUUCACUUCCUGUGACUGUAAAGAAAAGAGUUGAGCAUGAGAGACUUUCUCUCUGUCUCUCUCUCUCUAUCUGCAUGUUUUACUGUAUGUGUGCAUCUAUGUGAUUCUAAACAGGGUUCUGAAAUAGAGGCGGCUGAUUGGCUGGAGGAAGAAUCUAGAGCAUGUAAUAAAUGAGCUGGGCUUUGCCGCUACCUUUAAACCCCUGCUCUAACUUAAAGCAAUGAGUUCCAAACCAUACAUCUGUAAACACAUUUGAGCUCUCAUAAACACACAUGCACGCACACAAGCCUUGCUUACUUGAUGCCUAACACAGCUCUGAUCAUGAUGCUCCCCAGCCAGAUGCCCCUCUACUGUAAUUAUGAACAUACUGGAGUUUUGUUAUAUAAAGGAGUUUUGUGUGUUUAUGUGUGCCAGAAUUGUGUUAUUGGCUGCAGUAAAAGAGUUGCUCUCACUGGUCUGAAUUAAAGGAGCUGUUC